AGUGCUCUUCGAACGGUCGGCGUUUUCGGUUUCGUUGCAGCAAUUCCGGCGUCCUGUUUCGUUCGGCAUCCGGAAAACAGUAAAGUUUUCCACAAACCGUGCGUUUGAGUGUGUGUGUGUGUGUGAGUGCGGUUGGGGAGCAUUUCCCACUGACUUUUGCCGAAUCCCCGGGAAGAUUUGUUUUCGUGCGGCAUAUCCGUAUGCACCGUGUUUUGCCCUGUUUUCUGGUGGACGGUGUGCGUGUAAAUAAUAGAUUGUUGCGAAUUCUAAACGUGGCCGCACACAAAUUCCCCCUUAAAUUAUCAGUGAAUCAUCACUUUCGGGUGGGCGUUCGCAGGGUAUAGAAAGUGAGAGUAAGCUAAGGGGAAAGCGGUUGUAGUAGGAAAUGGAAUAUUUAUGGACAUUUUGCGAAAGAACGUUGGUCGAAAACGCGUUCCGACGGUGGAUGCAUUUGUCUGGAAGUGGUUCUUGCUCGGUAACGGAAAAAGGAAGUCGAAUGUUUAGGCAGUUAGAACUCUGAGUCGUGCGGUUUGGAAUGUUCGUCCAACUGAUACCCUUUCGCAGGGAAGUGUGUGUUACCUUGCUACCUGUGGCGGAAGUUGGCGGAGCAAUGUUUGUUUAUACAGUUCACCCUCUGGACGACGCAGGAAUGGCGGUCUGGAAUUCAGAACACAUUGCGUGUGCACUGAACAUACCGAGUAUCGCACCGCCGGGAUGCUAACGAGCAGAAAAUGCUGUAGUAUAAUCUGUAACAAGACAACAGCUUCUGGAAAGUUGGAACUACCGAUUCUUCCACUAGUUAGCGUUUGAGCGUCUUGACCUUAAGCGCACAGUUUAUGGGGCUUAUGAAAUAUGAGCCGUCUGGCCGUCUAUUAGCAGCAGGAAAUCGAUCGCUUACUUAAGAGCGAGCGUGGAAAAACGCUGGUCAAACACGAUCGAUUGAUUUGCUUCCGGUCUCGGGAGCAUGCCACCAUUAGCCGGAUUUUCCUCCGCCAGCAAGGUGCAAGGUCAAUCGGCUCAUUACGAAGGAGAAUUGUCGGCAUGUAUUGCUCGGCCCUCCUGGCCCUCGCUGCAUACAUUAAUGCCGAUGAAAGUCAUGAAAAUGUCAUAAAUGGCGUAGACACGCGGCAGACGCGCUUGGCGGUAAAAACAUAAAUAAUUAACAGAAUGCGUUGGUUGCGCUGGAUUUUGGGAAUGAGUUUUUUGGUUUGGAUGUGUCUGUGGUCAUUUUACGACUCAUUGUGCCGACUGCCGAUGGGUCAGAAUUCCAUUGGAACUUGCUGUGGACGUGGUGGGGUUCAAAAACAAAUUGUGAUUGAAGUGUUUGCGAUAAAGCGAAUGACAAUGAUUUCACUCUCCCCUCUCAGGGUCUGCUGGAACGAAUUUUUAAUUCGUUCCGCGUUCAAUGUUUUGAAAAGAAGCACAGCGCCCAAAUUGAAACCUGCGAGCUGCGGGCCGAGAACGAAAACUGGCCACUGGCCUCGCCUUACCACCUCCGGCGGACGUUUAUUAGCGAUGUUCGGUGUUGUGUGUUGUGCACCGAACCUGUUGGAGGUGGUUUCGAUUUUGGACACACGCGACACACUGACUCGACUCGAUGGACUCGGUGGGGCCACUGGGUGUCCAGGUGUUAAUAAUAACCACGAUGUGUGUACGCGUAUUUCUGGCGUAGAUGGGUCGUCUAGGCGGGCUAGGCCUAUUUUGGGGUGCCGAUUUGCACGACACUUUCCCGGAAGUGAACUGCGGCAGAACCGUCGAGCACGCGUGUGCCGAACCAUAGUUAGAUUCCAUUUUUGGAUUAAUGUGCGUGUUUAUGAAUUUAAAUCGUCUCGGCGCACAGGAGCUUACGCUGCCGCGUGAUUAAUCGCCGUAUCACAUGAUGGAUGGAUACUGGAGCAGAUGCCUUAGCGGCACAUAAAAUGGCCGCUUCUAAUCACUGCCAACGCCAGCGGAAAACGCUCCCUUGAUUUAUUGGAAAUCCUGAACAAGCCGAAAAGGAAAACUGUCUCGCCGUCCGGAUGAAGCCGGAAAAGUCAUCGUCGUCAAUUCUAGCUUCCCUCGUCGUUCGCGGUUGGAAUUCACUCACUCGAGCCAAAAAAACGGCAAAAAAGACACCCCUCUCGAAUCAAUACUCUCUCCGCACAGCCGAAGCGAUAUGAAGCGUUUAUGUUUGCCCCUCACCUAACCUCAAAAAUUGUGGACACCCUCCCGAAACCUUUUUUGCCAUCCUGGGUCGCGAUACGCGUCUUGCUGGCUCCUGAUUUUCCGGGGAUGUGCUAAAUCACCCUUCGGGAGCAAAUCCAGCAAGAACGUGGAUGUACUUGGCGGUGUUCCGCAUAAUCUUGUAGGGUUGCCUUGGUAACGGUGAUGGCGCUGUGCCAACGGGACCUAACGAAGCUAUGCUCGUCCUCGGGUUUCUUCUCUGCGUUUUCUGCCGGGGCUUCGUUCGUUCCGGUUGGGAAAAAGCCUAUCGAAAAGUGAAAUUACCGGCAUUCGGAGUUUGAGAAGCAGUUGCCUUAAAUUGGGUUUUCAUCACAUCCGCACAGUGUACUGAGGCGCGUCAGUAUCCUCGGGCAUGUUUUCUGCCUCGGUUCGAUGGAAAGUUCCGAUGCCGGAGAUGGUUGGUAGCAGAGCAUUCGGUAGCACAGGAUAUUCGCACGUCAUCGUGUGCGAUCUCGCCGGCUAUUCUCUAAAGAUGAAUUUUUGAUAAAGUUGGUGGAACGUUUGAAACGAUCCGAGCCCUUGAUGGAUGGCGUGGAAUUCAUCCGCAAGUUGUACGAAGGAUAAGUUUCUGCCCCUGUUUGCAAUGUCCCUUUAUUUGAAUGGAGAAAAUUCUCAUUACACUGUUGAAUAGAGCACCCUUACUGCUAGCUGAUUUGACCCAGUUUGGAAUUUGUUUGCCGAGUGCUGCUGUGAGAACGCCCUCGCGAAACUGUUAGAUUCUUUACAUCGGAAUGAUUCAUAUUCGUUCGCUGUUUGUCCGCUGGAGCAAGGGUUGUGAGCCGACACCGUCUCUUAUCGACGCAAAAAGAUAUCAGUGAGAUGUCAUGCAAACACCGUCAUGAGAAUGGCUGUGAUGCUGUGUAACAUCGCAGCGAGACAAAGUACCAGCUCGGCAUCAUGAAUUCACCCUGGCCAAUAUUUGCAUGAAAGAUUGAACGAACAAACACCCAAAACAAACCCGACGGAGAUGAUAAAACACAAGAGAUGGUUGGUGUUUAAAGAAGCGGUUGUCCCACAUCGAACACUGACUGUCCAGUAGUGCUGAGUGGCAGGCUCGCCGGAUGACGCCUUCCCGUUGGGGGAGUUCCACCACCAGCGUCGAUGUGGGGCCUGCGGAUUCAGCAGAUGAUAAUAAAUAUGUUAAUAUUUGAGAACAUAAAAACAGUGUGCAGACACACUCGCACACCGGUGAAUAUUAAAGCAACCCGAAUGACAACUGGAAUUUCGCUUCGAUGCUAUCCUCGGCACACGCUGACUGAUUUAUUCUCAGUUGUGAGGCUUGGUCCGAGGCUGGCGAGCGACUAUGGUUAAUUGAUCGUUCAGAUGGAGACGCUGGACAACACUAUGCUGUUUCAUUUUACGGCUCGUGAAAUUUUAAUGCGCCACAGCCUUUUGGAGUUAUGGUGGCUUAGACUGAAGGGUCAUCCCACUCGACGAUCGUUUGAUCGGAUCGACAAAUUGCUCUGGACGUUUGGACAUCUGCAGAGACGGAGGGAGCCUCAGUGACAUUUCACUUUGUACGACGCUCCAAAUCCAAUUUCGUUGCGAAGCACGAUCCAGAAUGUUGUUGUGGUCCCGUCCCACAACAGUGCCUCGUUUUGCUGGGACAAUCGCUUUCGUUCGGCGCUUCGAACGUUGCAUGGCGUCUUGAAGUCGUCGCCCCGGGAUCAUCUUGAUCUUUUUCGUACGGUUGCGCUGCGUUGUUCGUGUGGUGCGGCUUAUCGCACCGCAAUCACGAUCGUGAUCAAUGCAAUCGAUCUCACUGUUGUCGGCGUGUGAUUUGCUGCGUCAGCUGCUUGCUCCAAAGAAUGGGCUCCUUCUCUGUCUCUGGGCUGUAGGCUGGGGAUCGUUCAUAAGGCACAUUAGAGGCUGAUCAAGGGGACGCAACAAGAGGGAGCGAGGGUGUGUGAAUGCCGCAAAACAGGUUGUUAAAAACACGUGCUUUGAAUUACAAGUUUAGGGACAAGAUAUCUUGCGCACCAGUCGUGACGUUCGUGUAGCGCAAUUUGCCAGACAAAUGCAUCUCAUCGUGCACACCGCCAUCCAUGGAUAAGAGCAUCGCCACGCCAGUGGUAGUAAAGUUUGUGAAACCCAGUGGUCGUCGCAAAGCGGACGCGGACGAUAACGGCCAGACGGUGACGGUGGUGGUGAACUAGCGGUGUGUUGUGUUACGGGCGGAAACAAACCUUCCGGACAGGAUGGAGGUGUGCUGCCUGAAAAUGGCUUCCAGAUGCAGGCCAACCCGACCCAUAAAGGACAUAACGCAGCUCUCGUCGGCUGGAUCCUCACACGACUGCGGUGCCCUGUCGCGGGUCGUAAUGGUCAGAAAAACGGAUCAGCGCGUCAUCAAUCACAAGGGCAGCCAGAAGGAUCCACUGUGCGAGGUGAUUACGAUGGAAACGAUACAGACGUACAAGGGCCACAAGCCGGACCGGACGGUGGUGUUUAGGGAGAAGUUCGAUCUCACCGGAAACGACAUGUCACGCUCACUUUCCACCGGCAAACUCUCCGUCGGUUCUCCCCGGCUCUCGAUUUCCCCGCUGCGGACAAUCCUUACGACGAGUGCCGAGUUGGAAAAGACACGCACGGCAAGCGAUCGGAACAAUAACAAUACGCCGUUGGGCAGCAAAGCGCCAGCGUGCGACACAAAACGACUCAAUGGACAGAGUGUGGUUGGGUCGCUUCGCCCAAAGUCUCUCGAUCGGGGCAAUAACAAUGCGAGCCCGCUGCUUCGACACUCUAAAAGUCCUUCGAAGAGUCCCUCGAUUGGAAGCUUAAGGCCGGGCUGUGGAGGAUCACAGUCAUCGCUGCGAGGAAGUACGCCCUCACUGUACACAGAGUUCGAGCGGGAAUGUCUGAAGGCACACAACGAGUACCGGACACGGCACGGAGUACUUCCGAUGAAGUUGAGCAAACGAUUGUGUCGGUACGCGGAGGAGUGGGCCAAAGUGAUUGCGGCUCGAGGUGUGCUGGUGCAUCGCAGCAAUUCGGCGUACGGGGAGAAUAUUUUCUGCUCGUGGAGCUCGUCCAAUACGGCCGGCUCGAACAUGUGCGUGAGUGGACGGGAACCGGUGGAGAACUGGUACAGCGAGAUCGAUCAGCACGUGUUUGGGAAGGAGCCGGCCACACUGAAGACGGGACAUUUCACGCAGGUCGUGUGGAAGGAUAGCCGGGAGCUUGGCGUUGGAGUGGCACGCAAUCGCUCGGGACAGGUGUUUGUGGUGGCCAAUUACGAUCCACCGGGUAAUUAUAUCGGCAGUUUCGCAAAGAACGUCCCACCCGUGGGUGGUUUCGAAAUACCGAAGAUUAUCGUCGACAAACCAUCCGCCCUGAAGCAAACUUCUGUGGAUGAAAUGGCCGGAAAAACGACAAUCUCAUCUCUACGGCGGCCCGGAUCGGAAAAGCCAGAGAAACAUGUCCGCAUUGUGGAUGAGAAUGAUCCGGAUCAGUUCGAUGAGUUUUCGACGGCCAUGCUGAAGCAUCACAACGAGUACCGGAAGCGUCAUGGUGCAGCAGAUUUAGUCCUCCACAAAGAGCUCGUCCGAGAUGCACAGCAGUGGGCGGAAAUCUUGGCCCGAGACGAUCGGUUCACCUACCGGCAGAACUCCAAGUAUGGCGAGAAUCUCUACUGUCUUUGGUCCUCGGACAGAAACGCACGCCCGAAUGCGCGGGACGUCUGUCGGUCGUGGUACGAGGAGGUGAAGCAGUACGCAUUCACAGUAGAACCACGCGCCGCCAUCAAGGGUGGUCAGUUUACGCAGAUGGUGUGGAAGGGCACGAAGGAGCUGGGCGUGGGUAUGGGACAAACGCGCAGCGGUAAGGUGAUUGUCGUCUGUACGUACUAUCCGCGUGGGAACGUACUGGGACAGUUCCUCGCGAACGUUAGUCGGGCGCGUUAGAUAGAACAGAAAGUGGCUUUAACAUAGUGAAACAGUACCUUUCACCAAACAUGCGAUAAUCAGGGGAAGCAGGAGCCUUAAUCCGGGUAGGGAACACACCAUUCACAUAACAUUGUUGCGUCCGCAAGGUCUGUUUGCCGUUGAUGUCAGAUGUAGAGUGUGUUUCCUGACCAAUCCAGGAGACUAACACACACACACACGCGCGCAGACACAUCUAUUUAGCACCGUGUUGCAUAUUGAAGCUAUAUUUCUGCUACAAACACAUUUUUGAUAUACGUACACAGAUAAGCUUACAUGCGGAGAGGCGCUUGCAGAAAGGCACAAAUUCCGGAAGGAAAGGAAACUCGGGCCGUCUCCUCGGUAUUAGUUAAGGCAAUCACAAAAAAGCGUUACCAGUUUCCAUGCAGCACAUUAUACGUAAGGGCUUAUUCACCGAAACAGGGAGCAUUCUGAUCGGGGCGCAUCCUUCACACAGCACAAACGCAGCAACGCAAGCAUUAUUUAUUCGAAAUGUGACUACAACUCGCGUUGCUUGCCCGUUCCUUUCCAAGUGUGUGAGGUAAAAUAAUAACAGAAAAAGAAAACCAAAAAAAGAUUCCGUGCGAGAAGGUGCAUAUUAUACCUGUACCUGUAUAGAGUUUGUACCAUUUAUCUGAAAAUUUCAUCCAAUAAAAUACACCAAUUAAUUCACACACUCACAAA